UCCAGUGUCCGGUAGCCACUCGACAAUCACGCUCCAGAGCUCAUCAGAGCUUAGCUCACAGAAAGGACGGCGAGAAAGGGACACCGGAAAUGGCAAGCGGAGGAGGGAAGGGGGAGACGGUACUGGUCACCGGCGCGAGCGGCUUCAUUGGCUCGUGCCUCGUCCGCCGCCUCCUCGAUCGCGGCUACAGCAUCCACGCCGGCGUCCUCAACCCCGAUGACAAGGCCGAGACGGACCACCUCCACGCGCUCGCCGCUGGCGCCGGCGAGGGCCGUCUCCGCGUCUUCCGGUGCGACCUCCUCGAUGACGCCGCCCUCCUCGCCGCCGCGCGGGGCUGUUCGGGCGUCUUCCACCUCGCUUCCCCCUGCACCGUCGACCGCGUCAUCGACCCCCAGAGGCAGCUGAUGGUGCCGGCGGUGGAAGGGACGCUGAACGUGCUGCGCGCGGCCAAGGACGCGGGCAGAGUGCGGCGGGUGGUGGUGACCUCGUCCAUCUCAGCCAUCGUGCCUAGCCCGGGGUGGCCGGCCGGCGAGGUCCGCGACGAGAGCUGCUGGACCGACAUCGACUACUGCGAGAAGAACGGGGUUUGGUACCCUGCUUCGAAGACACUGGCAGAGAAGGCAGCAUGGAAGUUUGCAGAGGAGAACGGAUUAAAUCUGGUUGUGGUUAAUCCAGGGACUGUUAUGGGACCCAUAAUUCCACCAGCCAUCAACGCUAGCAUGUCCAUGCUUGUUCGCCUCCUGGAAGGUUGCACAGAGGAGUAUGCAGAUUUCUACAUGGGGCCAGUCCAUGUGGAAGACGUUGCGUUGGCCCAUAUCCUGCUGUUCGAGAACCCAUCGGCAUCCGGGAGGCAUAUCUGCGUCGAGUCCAUCGCUCACUGGAGCGAUUUCGUGGCCAAAGUCGCCGAGCUCUACCCCAACUACAAAGUGCCCAAGUUCCCCAAGGACACCCAACCUGGGCUGGUGAGAGCGGAGGCUGCAUCGAAGAAGCUCAUCGCUCUGGGGCUGCAGUUCACUCCCGUGGAGAAGAUCAUCAGCGAUGCUGUUGAGAGCCUCAAGAGCAGAGGGUACAUCUCCUGAUGGCUGGAUACUGUAAUGUCUUCCUGGACCUUGCUAGUAUGGUUUGUAACUAGUAAUAAGGAUGCCACUAAAUAAUAAUAUACCGUUGGAACCGUACAAUCUGAAACUAAGUUCCAAUCAAAUUCAGAAACAGGGAAAUCUCAAAGGCGAGUUUCGAAUUUCAAUUGGAGAUUGAAGUUUCAAGCUCCAAAUCUGGAACGUAAAAGAUUUCUGCAAAUCGGUGUUCUUAUUCAUGGAUGUUGAUGACCCAGAUAUGUUAAUGGUGCAGUCAUUUGUACAUAUAAUGGAUAAUGACAGCAAGUUGCAGUUUCUGUAGCCAUUCUCUUA